AUGGCGACGGUCGUUGACAUAUUUGCUGCCGCGAAGAUUUGUGCCAGAGACGACUUUGAUCUGCGACGCGCGCUUGUGCUUCUCCUGGACGUCUUAAAGACAUACGACUUGCUGUCGCUUAACUUCCUGCUCGCCGCGCUGCGACGACUCGAUUUCCCGGAAGCGUUCGUGCGCAUCGUCGCAGCACUGCACAACUGCACGAGGAGCCGAUUUAUCAUCGCUAACAAGUCGGCAGCGAUGGCGGCCAAGGUCUGCGGGUACGCCGAUGAUACGGCUGUCUACGUCCGGUCCUUAGAGGACGUUGUCGAGGUCAUGCAGGCUCUGUUGCGGUUUGGCGAGACUUCUGGGCUGAAGACCAAUACCCCAAAUUCUUUGGCUGUGCCGCAUUGUGAUGGGUCAUUUAUCGAUCCGGAGCUGCUGCACGGCAUUCGACUGCUGCAAGCUGGCGAGCGCGCUGGCCCGAAGGAAGACGAACACGGUCCGGAGCUGAGACGCUCUGGAGGCAGCAAUCGUCAUCUCCAAGCGGACGUCGGCAACAGGGACUUUCGGUUACACGACCACCCGGCACUGUCGCGGCUCGUGCAGCUGCAAAUGGGCGAGGGAUGGAGGCCUAAGCGGACGAGGGUCAAGGCGGUGGCGGCGAUGCAGCGCGCGAAGGAAGGAAAUCACGAGCGCUACCGGGCGAUCGCUGUGCAGGCCGCCAGCAACAGCGACCUACGAAGUGCGUCAGCGCAGCUUAAAUGGAGUGACAUUGGCACAGUGACGGGAUCGGACGCCGCCACGGUGCAGACGCUAUAUCGCAUCAAGGCGAACAAGCUCAAUCUGUGGAACUACGUGCACAGUGAUCGAUCGUGCCCGCAGAGCUCGUGUCGGCGCGACGAGCUCGCUACACUCCAGCACGUCUUCUCGGAGUGCCCGUCCAAGAACGUCUCGCUGCGGCCGGAUAUGAACGUCGCGACGUUUUGUUCGAUUUGUCAGAGGUCUCUGGCGGCUCACGGUGGCAACGACAAUCCACUCCAUCUGGUCGACAACGCGUUGCGCGACUUUGUGUCCCUAAAGUACAAGCUAGACACGGACGAAGAAGAUGCUCCAAAGAAGGCCGUGACGGGCGCCCUAGCUGCGCGCCUCACGGAGCCAACUGCGGAUCUCAUUAGGACGCCGCCUAUCAGCAGUCAGAGCCUUCGUCUGCUCUUCUCCGACGGCGGCUCACGUGGCAUCCCGUGA